AUGGAGGAGCAGGUGUUUAAGGGGGACCCGGACACCCCCCACUCCAUCUCCUUCUCGGGCAGCGGCUUCCUCUCCUACUACCAGGCGGGGGCGGUGGACGCCCUGCGGGACCUGGCCCCCCGGAUGCUGGACACCGCCCACCGCUUCGCCGGCACGUCGGCGGGCGCCGUGAUCGCCGCCCUGGUCAUCUGCGGCAUCGAGAUGGAUGAGUACCUGCGCGUCCUCAACGUGGGUGUGGCCGAGACGAAGAAGUCCUUCCUGGGGCCCCUGGCGCCCUCCUGCAGGAUGGUGCCCAUGAUGCGGCAGUUCCUGUACCAGGCGCUGCCCGAGGACUCCUACAAGGCCGCCACCGGCAAGCUGCACGUGAGCCUCACCCGCUUCACCGACGGGGAGAGCGUCGUGGUUUCCGAGUACACGUCCAAAGAGGAGCUCAUCGAGGCCCUGUACUGCAGCUGCUUUGUGCCCGUGUACUGCGGCCUCAUCCCCCCGACCUACCGCGGCGUACGGUACAUCGACGGCGGCUUCACGGGCAUGCAGCCCUGCUCCUUCUGGACGGACGCCAUCACCAUCUCCACCUUCAGCGGCCAGCAGGACAUCUGCCCCCGGGACUGCCCCGCCAUCUUCCACGACUUCCGCAUGUUCAACUGCUCCUUCCAGUUCUCCCUGGAGAACAUCACCAGGAUGACCCACGCCCUGUUCCCCCCGGACCUGAUGGCCCUGCACAAUUACUACUACCGAGGGUAUGAUGAUGCUGUAAUGUAUCUGCGGAGGCUGAAUGCUGCAUACCUCAGUUCUCCCUCCAGGAGGGUGAUUUUCCCGCGGGUGGAAGUGUACUGCCAGAUAGAGCUCGCCCUCGGCAGCCAGGGCCCGGGGCACAGCGAGCCCGGGGCGGAGCAGGCCCGUCCGGAGGAAUCCACGCAGCUCCCCACCCAGCGGGACCCCAGAGAGCAAGAGAGCGGCGGCCACGGCCCGCCUGUGUCCCCGCCUGCACAGCCCCCCGAACCCACACGUGCGCGGCCCGUGGAGUCCCCCGCUCCGCCCCCUGCCUCUGCGUCUGAGCCGCCGCCUGCAGGGGCCCCGGGCCCUUCACCGCCCCGCUCCCCGGCGGACCUGCCGCCCGUGUCGCUCCCCGCUGUGCCCACCCCGCCCAGCUCACCCCCUGGUCUGGCACCGGCGCCACCACAGGAGCAGGUUCAACGGCCUGGAUCGCCCCCCGAGUCCCCACCCUCCCAGCCAUCGCUGUCACUCAGGCCACGUCCGGGGCCUUCGGCCGGGGGGGCACCUCGCACGCGGCCUCGAUGUCCUUCGGCGUCACCUGCACAGCCCCCCGCGGAGGAGCUGGGCUCCGAACAGCCCCCAGCUCCUCUGGCCUCUCUGAGUCCGCGAAGCUCCGCGCCCCCGGCGGAUGGGAAGGAGACGGGCAGCCGGCCGGAUGCCGCCGGGGCGAGCCCUGCCGGAGCCUCCAGCGGGGUGACCAAGGCGUUCAAGAAGAACAAACCAAAGACCAGUGGCUCCAGGAGAGGCUUCCCGAGGCAGCCACAACCCAAAAGGCCGGGCGGCAAAGCGCAGUCUGCUCCCUGCCCACCCGACAGCUCUGUGCUCUCCACGCCCAAGACUGUGUGGGUCACCUGCAGGCCUCGCCCCAGCGGGAUCCAGGAAUGCAGCAGCCCCGAGGUGUGGAGCUCCCCGAGGUGGCCCUGCCCCAGGGUGCUGUGUGACCCCUGA